AUGCUAGGAAUAGAAAGAAUUGAGAAGAUUAGCGCUAUGGAUAUAAAGGCUAUACUAAUGAAUGAUGAAGUGUUGGUUACUGGAGGAAGAGAGGGAAGGCUACGGGUAUGCCUAAAUGCAUGUGAAGAUGGUGCAGAGCCCACUAUUUUUGAGGGAGUUCCUGGAUGUGGAUACAUAAAUUGCAUUGCUAUUAGAGAUGACUGCUUGUUUGCAGGAUGCCAGAAUGGAAAGAUUGCAAUUUACAAUAUGAACUUUGAUUUGUGUAUGAAUGGCGAAAGAAGCAUGGAGCCUGUCGGAUACAUUGAUGGGCAUGGAAUGAAUGUCUGCACUCUUGAUGCUUUUGACGAGCUUUUGAUGUCUGGCUCUUGGGACUGUACUGUGGCGGUUUGGGAUGUAAGCCAUUGUAAAUAUGCCAAUCCAGAGUGUUUAGUGAGGAUACAGCAUCCUGCAGCUGUAUGGAGUGCAAAGUUUGUAAGAAAAAAUAUGUGUGUUACGGGGUGUGCGGACAAUAUUUUGAGGAUUUAUGAAGACGGUGUGCUGGUUAGUAUGUUUGAAUAUCAUGUAUCUUGUGUUAGAAGCCUUGCUGUUUUUGAUGGAUGUGUUUUUUCGAUUGAUAACGAAGGGAUAGUGCUGAAGAUGACAUUGGAUGGUGUUUUGUUAAAGCAUCAGUCGUUGAAUGAGUUUGGAUACUGUUUGAGUCUGUGCGCGGUUGAUGGAGAAGAAAUGGUUGUGUGCUGUGGAGAGAAUGGAAAAGUGAUGUUUUUUGACAUGGAUUUGAGGACAUUGCAGGAUGUUCGUGUUCCAGUUAUUUCUUGCUGGACGGUGUGUGGCAAUAGAGGCAAAGUGUAUGUCGGGUGUAAUGAUGGAAGGAUUUAUAUGUACUCCAAGGAGGUUUCAGAGGAUGCAAGAAAGAAAUUGGCAGAGAUAGAGGAGGGAAUGAAGGUUGUUGGCGGAGACAGAGAGUUUGUUUCGAAUGGCCAGAAGUUUAAGACAGUUGGUGGCGAAGUAUACCAGGAAGUUGAUGGAGAGUGGGUUUUUAUGGGAAGCAUGCAAGGGUUGAAUAACUAUGAAAAUACGUUUCAGGUGGAGCUUGACAACAAAUACUACACAUUGUCGUUUAACAAUGACGAGAACACUUAUGAGGUAGCAGAGCGGUUUCUGAGGAAGUAUGGACUCAAAGACGAGUUCAAAGACGAGAUUGUUGAUUUCAUCAAGAAAAACUUUGUGUCAGCAGGCAAGCUUCGUAUUCAUGACUCAAUCAACACGGAAGGAAUCAAGGCAAUUCUGAAUAGAAUCACAGAAGAAACAAGGCACGAAUAUCCCUGCAUUGCCCGAUGUAUUGAGAAUGUUUCGCCUGAGGACAGUGAGGAUCUUGAGCGUGAACUCAAAUGUCUGAUGAAAGAAGGGCCUAUGUUUAUGGCUCUUGAUUUGAUCAGAUACUUUUCAGUGCAUGGAUGUGCAUUUGAUAUGUCAUUUUUAUUUAUGCUUAUGCCUAGAGAUAAGAAAGAGGCGGUGACGUUUGUAAGGCUUGUAACCAAUUUGUUUGUUCAUCCACCAUUCAACUUGGAAGUGUUGCAUGGCAAAGUCUUGAUGCUAAGAGAUAGAGGUCUUGUGGAAGAAAACGUGCUAGAUGAUUACUUUACGAAUAGGAGUAUGAAGAGCAGAAAGUAG